CCUGGAAGGUGACUACAGUGACCUCUAAAAUGUUACAAGUAUUUGUAAAUAGAUGUUUGCGUCGCAUAAUGGGCAUCAGAUGGCCAGAGGUUAUCAGCAACGAAGCACUAUGGGAGUCUACCUGUCAGGAUCCAAUCCAAAUGCAGAUAAAAAGAAGGAAAUGGAGAUGGAUUGGGCACACGUUGCGCAAGGAAGAAGGUGCCAUUGAAAAAGACGCAUUGGACUGGAAUCCUCAAGGACACCGUGCAAGAGGACGCCCAAAAAUCACGUGGAAGCGUACCAUCCAGACAGAAAUUGGGAGAGCCGGCAAAACGUGGUUGGAGGUGAAGGCGUUAGCACGCGACAGAGUUGGAUGGAGGACAUUCUCGGAAGCCCUAUGCUCCUCAAGGAGCGACAGGAACUAAGUCA